GAUGUCGCAGUAGUCAUAAUGGGAGUCACAGGCUCAGGGAAAAGCACGUUCAUAUCCCGUCUUACGGAUGGACCAGUGGAAAUAGGGCAUACACUAGAGUCCUGCACCUCUGACGCGACAGUCCAUACCAUAGAGUAUGGAACAGAUCAGAACUUGCAUUUGAUCGAUACCCCAGGCUUUAACGACACGUCAAGAUCCGAUGCAGACCUUUUGAAGGAGAUUGCAUUCAUCCUAGGAGUCUUACGCAAAAAUGAAGUCAGCUUAGCUGGAAUCAUAUAUCUUCACAGGAUUUCAGAGCCCAGGAUUGCCGGCUCGGCGCUUCGAAGCAUUCGCUUAUUCGAAGCUCUUUGCGGAUCGCAAUGCUUUCCAUACGUUGUCCUCGUUAGCACUAUGUGGGAAUCCCUCGGGGUAGAAGACCGUGCAAUCGCCGUUGAUCGAGAAAAGACACUGAAGGACAAAGCCGAAUUCUGGGGCCGAAUGGUGAACGGUGGCGCUACUGUUAUGCGUCAUGAAGGGGAUGCUAAUUCCGCACGUGAUAUCCUUUCUCGUGCUGCGUCCAUGAAUCCUUCAGUCGUGAUGGACAUCCAACGGCAACUGAUUAAUGAAGACAAGGCGCUGGAUGAAACCAGCGCAGGGCGUUAUUUGCUUGGUGAACUUUACGAAGUUCGUAAAAGACAGAAGAAGGAGAUCGCCGAACUGGAAGGGAUUAUGGAGGAGGCCCUACAGGAUCACGAUGAAGCAACGAUCUCAGCGAUCUCAGCCCAGCGACAUGAAUAUGAAGGCUUGAUUCAGCGAACAUACACACAGACAGAUGACCUCGAAGUGACCUUCGAGGAUCUUGCCGAAGAACGGGCAGAUCGGUAUGCAAGCCUACUCCAAGAAGGUGACAAGUACGAAAAAGAAGUUGAGGAGGAUGUGAAACAAACCCAUGAUAUAGAGCACACCUUACAUUGCGUAGAGAGAAGCCAUGACCGUGACAGGGGCCGCCUCACUAUCGAUAACAGGCGCCUUGGACAGCAGAAUGAACAACAUGCGGUUGGAAAUGGUAGUGUGGAGCUUCAAUGGACAUGGUGGGAGAAGCUUCUCAGAAGUGCCCUACCUACAAGGGAUAUGCGAAAAGCUGCGUCGUCAUAUCGCUCCUUUUCAUUUCCUCGGUCACUAGUCAGUAAUCAUCAGCGCCAAAGCGUUUCUUUUCCACAGCCACCGGAGGUCCGCAUGGAUAGGCCUCGUUCACAGCCACGUCACGAUACCGUACCUACUAGGUCCAAGAAUACGGACAGUAGCUCCAACGGGAGGCCGGGCCUGGUCCGGAGGUCAAGCAGUUCCCAACCUUACUCUUAUCGCGAUUAUCGAGAAAGCGAUCGCUCGAGCAAGAAGCAAUCCGAGCCGAUACUCGAGAAUCGGGGACAGACCUUACGGAAUCCCAGUACCAUGAUUGUCGAUCCUCCAAACGAGUCUCGGAGGACGGAUGAGACGUUGAAGUACAACACUGUACUCGUUUCACCGGGGUAUGCAGGGGAGAUUCGGAUCUCUGGGCCCUUGAGGAGACCAGACAAGCCACUAGUACUCCGACGUAAUUACAAUUGAAAAACACGAG